AUGUUAAGAAGAGUUAGUGAAAGAUCUAUCAAGAGAUUGUCUUCUGCUAGAUUAGUAGCACCUUCAGUUUCUCCUAUUUCAUAUUCCACCAAAGCUACCGUGAUUCAAUUAUUGAACAAUAUUGGUUCGAAGCGUGAAGUUGAACAAUAUCUUAAGUAUUUCACCUCGGUUUCCCAGCAACAAUUCGCCGUCAUUAAGGUUGGUGGUGCCAUUAUUACUCAACAAUUGAACGAAUUAGCGUCCUGUUUAGCAUUUUUAUACCAUGUGGGAUUAUAUCCUAUUGUCCUCCACGGAACUGGUCCCCAAAUCAACGAACUUUUGGAAAAUGAAGGGGUUGAACCAGAAUAUAUCGAUGGGAUUAGAAUCACCAACCCAAAGACCAUGGAAGUUGUCCGUAAAUGUUUCCUUGAACAAAACUUAAGACUUGUCACCGCCUUGGAAAAAAUCGGGGUUCACGCCAGACCCAUCACUACUGGUGUAUUUGGUGCUGAUUAUUUGGACAAGGAUAAAUAUCAAUUGGUUGGUAAAAUUACUUCCGUGGACAAAUCUUCGGUUGAAGCUGCCAUUAACGCUGGUUACUUACCAAUUUUAACCUCCUUGGCUGAAACUCCAUCGGGUCAAUUAUUAAAUGUCAAUGCUGAUGUUGCUGCAGGUGAAUUAGCUAGAGAAUUCGAACCUUUGAAGAUUGUUUACUUGAAUGAAAAAGGGGGUAUUAUAAACGGUAACACUGGUGAAAAAGUCAGUGUUAUUAACUUGGAUGAAGAAUAUGAAGAUUUAUUAAAAGAAUCUUGGGUUAAAUAUGGUACCAAGUUGAAAAUCAAGGAGAUUCACGAUUUAUUACAACAUUUGCCAAGAUCUUCCUCCGUUGCCAUCAUUGACGUUGAUGAUUUGCAAAAGGAAUUAUUCACUGAUUCUGGUGCUGGUACUUUAAUUAGAAGAGGUUAUAAAUUAAUCAACCGUAACUCUUUGCAAGAAUUCGGCAACCCUGAUCUUUUAAGAGCUGCAUUAUUGAGGGAUCCUGAAAUCAAAUCUGGAAAGUUCUCCGUUGCUUCAUACUUAAAACAUUUGGAAACUGUCAAUUUUAAAAGCUAUGGUGAUGAACCAUUAGAAGUAUUGGCCAUCGUCUUGGAAAACAACAAUGUUCCUAAAUUAGAUAAAUUUUUGUCUUCCAAGACCGGUUGGUUAAACAAUGUCACUGAUAAUAUUUUCAACGCUAUUAAAAAAGAUUUCAAAUCUUUAUGUUGGAUAGUCAAUGAAAAUGAUUCAAACUUGGCAUGGUACUUCUCCAAAGCUGAUGGUUCAUUUACCAAGAAGGGUGAAAUCUUAUUUUGGUAUGGAUUAAACACCGAAGAAGUUAGUGAAUUAAUUAAGCAAUUUGACAGCUCUACUAUUGGAUCUUCCUUGUCUUCUGCCAAGGAAUCUGGUGUUUUCAACUCUUCUCAGCAAAAGAGAGGUUUCCACACUGCCAGAAGAUUUUUAUCUACUAAUCCACCAUUGCGCGAAGGUACCAACACUGAAAAGCGUAAGGUCGCCUUGAUUGGUGCCAGGGGUUAUACUGGUCAAAAUUUGAUUAAAUUAAUUGAUAACCAUCCAUAUUUGGAAAUUUCUCAUGUUUCUUCUCGUGAAUUACAAGGUCAAAAAUUACAAGGCUACAACAAGGGUAACAUUAUUUAUUCAAAUUUACAAGUUGAAGAUAUUAAGAAGUUAGAAGAAAAUGGAGAUGUCGAUGUUUGGGUCAUGGCUUUACCUAAUGGUGUUUGUAAACCAUUUGUUGAUGCAAUUGAUCAAGUUAAAAAUGGUCAUUCAAAAAUCAUUGAUUUAUCAGCUGAUUAUAGAUUUGAUACUACUGGUAAAUGGGUAUACGGUUUACCUGAAUUAAAUGAUCGUAACGUUAUUUCUCAAGCCAAGAAAAUCUCCAAUCCAGGAUGUUACGCUACUGCUGCUCAACUUGCGAUUGCUCCUUUAAAGAAGUACAUUAAUGGUACUCCAAGUUUAUUUGGUGUUUCUGGUUAUUCUGGAGCUGGUACUAAACCAUCCCCUAAGAACGAUGUUAAGUUAUUAAACAACAACUUGAUUCCUUAUUCAUUAACUGACCACGUCCAUGAGCGUGAAAUCAGUAGUCAAUUAGGCUUCAAAGUGGCAUUUAUGCCUCAUGUUGCUCAAUGGUUCCAAGGUAUCUCCCAUACCAUAAACAUUCCAAUCAACAAAGGAUGUUUAUCAUCCCGUGAAAUCAGAAAUAUUUACCAAGAAUUUUACGGCAAUGAAGAUUUAAUAACUAUCAGCGGUGAAGCUCCAUUAGUUAAAGAUAUUAGUGGCAAACACGGGGUUGUUUUGGGUGGAUUCGCCGUUAACUCUAAUGAAGAUAGAGUCGUUAUUGUUGCUACCAUUGACAAUUUAUUAAAGGGGGCUGCUACUCAAUGUUUACAAAAUAUUAAUUUAUCACAAGGUUAUGGGGAAUAUGAAGGUAUACCAAUUGAUGUAGUCAUCAGGGGUUAA